UUGGGCACGGGGAUCGAUCCCAUGUGUGUCACAAGGCACCUCCAACCACUGCGCUGCACGCUCUCUUUAUCGCUCUUAUAUUCUACUUUAGCUUUUGGCACCAUAUCACUAAUCGAAGCCGUAGUUUCAGGAGAAUGGUUGUUCGGUACUGCAAUGUGUAAACUAUAUUGGUUCGGUGAGAGUAUUAGUAAACUGCUCAGCUCCUUCAUCAUGACCGUUCUGAGCUGGGAUCGCUACUUAGCUGUUUGCAGUCCUGUCAAAUCAAUGAGAAUCCGCAGUAACUCUGUGUCCUUACUGGUGCUGUUUAUUUGCACUCUGCUUGCCGUCAUUCUGCUUCUCCCGGUGCUCAUUCAGUCCACAGUGUUCCGCAUCAACAAAAUGAGUAUGAUUCCGCUAGAUGAGGACACCGAGCAGCUGUUCCAAUCAGAUCCUCAAGGGACGACUAUUUCCAAAUGUAUUUUCGACUCGGAUGCCAUGUUUACGCUCUACACCUUUGUGAUCGGAUUCGCUUUUCCAGCAGUCCUCAUCACAUUCUUCUAUUCUCAGGUAAUAUACAAGAUACAACACACCCAAAGUCUACGAACUGUUAACAACCAAGAUAGAAAAGACCAGUUUUCACACAGGGUCCAACAGGUUACGAAGCGGAUAGUAGCUGUCAUUCUCUUCUACUUUUUUUGUUGGACUCCUCAUUGGACACUCAACAUUAUGUCGCAAUUCAAUCUCGUGCAUGUUUCAUGGACGACUCCAGCUCUUUCAGCAAUGUUCUUUGUGGCUCACCUACUGGUGUGCUUCAACUCGGCAGCGAACCCGGUGCUGUACGCGCUGAUCAACCGAGAACUUCGUCAGCAGCAUAUGAUGGCGUUGGCAAGGAAGCGGCACUCGAUCUCCCACACCACUCACGAAGCUCUCGAGUUCGUCGCUCACUCAUGUCCCCGAUCUGCGAAUUCGUCGUCGAUAACAACAAUCUCAAAACUUCUUAGAAAUAAUGCCACGAUAAGGAAGCUUAUUUCUGUCACAGUUGAAGAAGCUUUGUGA